CGCUGUCAAAAUUCCUCGGCGAGUUCUGUUUCCAGCAAGCGGCAGGACUGGCGGCUGGGCGAACUCGCUGGCUGGGCGGGCACAAAGGUGAUGGACGGUCGCUGUUUGUUUGUCUCUAGCAGCUGCUGCUGGAGUUCCCGUGCUCCCUGAUGACGAUGGAGGUUGUCAUGGCUAAAACACCGUUCAGAGCUUCGCCUCCAUUUUGUCUUGCACAGAUCCAGUUGUCAAUUUACACAGUUAAUGAAUAAAUAAAAAGGUGUCGCCUUUCUCAUUUGCAACCCCCGUGUUUUCUCUCGGGCCUAAAGCGAGGAAAACUAAUCAUGGCGCCUGCAAAGGAGGCGUGUGUGAGAAUAUCUACAGGCGGCUUUCUGCGCAAUGGAUCCAGCUUCUACUGAAUAAGCUUCUAGGCUUUGUGGAAUGCGAGAAGAUAAUGUUAUAGUAGGUUUGUGGACUAUGGAGAAAGUUCAAGCCAAGAACAUGUUAGUUAACAAAGGAAAGGAGUUCUGUGAGGAAAUUGGCUGUGCUGGAGAAGGAAGGAUGUCAUCGAGCAGCAAGAUUUACAUGGAUUACAAUGCAACCACCCCUGUGGCACCUGAGGUGAUUCAGACAGUUAAUGAAGCCAUGCAAGAAGCAUGGGGCAAUCCCAGCAGUUCCUAUGGAGCAGGUCAAAGGGCUAAAGAGAUCAUAACUGAAGCUCGUCAAAGUCUGGCUAGAAUGGUAGGAGGACAGCUCCAGGACAUCAUCUUCACUUCCGGUGGAACAGAGGCAAACAACUUGGUGAUCCACACUGCAGUGAAGUAUUUUAGAGAAAGCAUCAAGCAGAGGCAUGAUGGUCUAGAAGAUCAAAAGAAAACUCUGGAGACAUAUCCACAUUUAAUCAUGUCUUCCAUUGAACAUGACUCAGUCCACCUUCCUGUGGAGCAUUUGGUGAAAGAACAUGUGGCUGAAGCCACUUUUGUCCCAGUGUCCCAAGCAACUGGACAGGUGGAGGUAGAUGAUGUCAUUGCAGCAGUCCGUCCUACCACAUGUCUGGUUUCUGUCAUGCUGGCCAAUAAUGAGACUGGAGUUGUCAUGCCCGUCUCAGAACUCAGUCGGCAGAUUCGAGCUCUCAACAAGAGGAGAGUGGCAUCUGGUCUGCCACGAAUCUUGAUACACACAGAUGCAGCCCAGAUGAUAGGAAAGGGCCAAGUGGACGUGCAAGAUCUGGGAGUGGAUUUCCUCACUAUUGUGGGGCACAAGUUUUAUGCCCCACGAAUUGGAGCUCUGUAUGUGCGGGGACCCGGAAUCACCACACCUCUCUAUCCAAUGUUGUUUGGAGGUGGGCAGGAACGUAAUUUGCGUCCUGGGACUGAGAAUACACCAAUGAUUGCUGGUCUUGGUAAGGCAGCAGAACUGGUGAACAAGAACUGUGAAGUAUACAAGGCUCACAUGAUGAAAAUUCGGGAUUAUAUGGAAGAGAGGCUUAAAGCUGUGUUUGAAGAACAAGGAAUCCAUUUCAAUUGUCGACAGGAAGGCACUAGGCGACUCUGCAAUACCAGUAAUUUUUCUAUACUGGGUUCAGGAUUACAAGGUUGGCGGGUGCUGUCUCGCUGUAGGACUCUUCUUGCCAGUGUUGGUGCUGCAUGCCACUCUGAGAACCAGCCAUCCUCAAUCCUGCUUAGCUGUGGAAUUCCUUACCAUGUGGCACAGAAUGCCCUGCGCCUCAGUGUGGGGCGUGAUACCAGCAAAGAAGAUGUGGACCUGAUUGUGGAAGAUCUAAAGCAGGCUGUGGCUCAGCUGCUAUAGUGUCUGAAAGAGCCAAACCACAUGAGAGGUUGGGAGUUCCUUCAGUGACUUUCCAGGUGUUUGUUUUCCUUCUGAAAAACAGUGCAUGGAGCCACAGUUGUAUAACAGCACAGUCAGGAAGGAACGUGGCAGUCUCAUUCUGUGUUAGUGAUUGCUUUUUAAAAGGGGGAGUGGACACUUAAAAACUCAUUCACAGAACUCCCAGCAUUGGUUGGCUCAUAGUUACCCACGGAGAAGGCUUUCCUCACAGGAAUCAGGAAGCGAGAUUAUCUAACCUCAUUUUCCCAUUGCUGACAUUUGAUAGAAUUGCGGGUAGACUGCAUUCCUGUCUGUUCCUUGCUAAUGGAAUUGUGCUGAAUUGUCACUAAUGAUUCCUCAGCUCUUGAACACAGUAGGCUAUUUUACACAGUGAUGAAAGCAGCACUUGCUUUGGAAAUCAGUGUUUGCAAAAACAUGGCUACUAUACUGAGGACAGCCUGCCUAUGAUGUUCCUAGCUGGGUGGACGGGUGAAAUUCUAGUAGAAUAUUUAGAUAUGUGCUUCAUCUUGGAGUGGCAUUUAGUGUAUUGAGGUCUCAGGGCUGGUUCAAGGAAAGUGUCUGGACAUUCCAGUUUAAACACAUGCAUGGGUGAGCCCCCCAAUAUGGAAUAAUUAUGGAACAGUGCUUUUACUUUUGUUGCUUUCUUAAUGCUAGCCUUCCAAAUUGCUGCUUGCCUGAAGUGAAAAACAAUCAACCACCUCAUUGGCCGCUCGAGGUACGUGCAUAUUGCCUUUGACAUAGAAGCAGUAAACCUGUUUGUGUAGCUGCCAUAGUAGUGCACUGUGUUUAGCAGGGAGCAGAAUCCUGUCAUUGAACUGAAGAGCAGGUACCCUUCAUAUCUUAUCACUGGGCCCAGCACAGAGACAAUGGAUGAAGGUUGCAGAGUUACAGUUCUUUCUUGUUCUCACCCAUGCACCUAGUGUUAAAAGGCCACCUGUUGUUUAAUGCAUGUGAAUCCCACAAUAAAUCCUUCUGGAAAAAUUGAUGGUGUGAGGGAUCUUAUCCAGCAACUGCUGUUGCUUGUCUUGGUUACCAAGAAGUGGGAAUCUUACCACAGUUGUCAUCUCCCCCUAAUGGGAGAAGCUUUUGCCUUGAAAGGUUCCUGCUACUUCUUGUAAGUGGAAGGAGACUCCAGUGCUAGGACAGGCAACAGCAGGAGACCUAAAACAGCCAUCACUUCUCAUAAUCGAAAAGAAGACAUGAUCAUAUUGCUCCAGGCUAACUUACAUCCAGAUCAGGGACAUGGCAAAGAUCUGACUAGCGAUUGUGUCUCUUGCUCAGUCAUAAGAAAUGUCUGCUAUUUUUUAUCCAUAGCUUAACUCUGUGCUAGCCCUGACCUGGAUAGCCCAGGUGAGCCUGAUCUCAUCAGAUCUCAGAAGCUAAGCAGGGUCAGCCUUGGUUAGUAAUUGGAUGGGAGACCUCCAACAAAGACCAGGGUUGAAGAGGCAGGCAAUGGCAAAUCACCUGUUAGUCUCUUGCCAUGAAAACACCACCAUGGGUCGCCAUAAGUCCGCUAUGACUCGAAGGUAGUCUCCACCACCAGCUCUGUGGUAAACCCAGGAUGAGUUCUUGAUGAAUGUAUGUGAUGCUGGCCCUGAUAUGUGCUCUCCCCCCCCCCCCUCCAGUUUGGCAUUGGCUCUUAAAUACUAGAAAAGAAAGGGAGAUACUGUAGGGUGAGAAGUGGAAAAAGACAAUAGAAAAGAAAGACGCAGAGGGCAGGAACGAGGCAGGGAGAAGGAGUGGCAUGGGCAGAUUUAUUCAGAUUUUAUAUCAUGUAUCUGGAAUUUUGUAGUCGUAGUCGUGUGAUAGGUAUAUAAAUUGAUUAUCUUUAUUAUUAUUGUAUGAAGGAUAAGUGUAUGUAGUCAAAAUAUUGAAUGUAGGCAGUGUCAGAUAUAUGUACAAAAUGUGUGUGCACAUUCAGGCAUAGAAAGUAUCGAGCACAAAUGCCAGGAUUUCAUUACAAAGGAAGUUUUCCGCUCCCAGAGCAUCAUUGCAUUCCCUCUAUUUUGUGCUUUGGAAGCAAGUAGCACUAAUCCCGCAGGAAGAGGUUUAUUCGAUACAUAACCCAGGAAAGCAGAACUGUUGCCUUGGAUGGGAGGGCACUCUAUUAUCAAAUAUAAAGAUUACUUUCAAGGAAUACGGGACAUUUCUGAAAGGUUCCUAUCUUGCUAGGCCCUCUUUUUUGCAAGUGAUUGGUGCCAGACGCACUCGAGGAUUUGUCACAUCUGUAGGAACAAACAUCUAACUGGUUGGUUUCUUUCCUGGCACUUUGAUAAUAUCAGAAAUCUUUCCUGUCUUUUGCUUGUGUCCUUGAAAAGAAGACACAACAGGCAUAGGAAAUCCGCAAGUCUACUACUGGUGGGGAAAGACGGAUUUGGAGAAUGGACUGUUGAUGACUGAGGAGGUACCAGGAGACUCACACCCACCUGCCUGGUACACGAAACAAGAGGCUCUGAGAAAGUAGGACCUUCCAGUAAAGAUAACAGGGAGGCUCCUGGAGAUGGAAGAUCACAGGGCUAUUAUAGCUGCUAAGGAGGAAGAUGCUUCUGGGGCUUCUCCCCUCCACUUGGCUACCUGCUGAGGACAUUCAGAAGCUGUCAAGUGGCUGGUCCAGGCAGGCUACAGCACUUCAUCCAAGACCUGGAAGAGAGCAGUGCCAGCACAUUAUGCAGCUGCCAAGGGAGGUCUCAUGUGCAUUGCCAGGUCUACCCAGGCAAUGGAAUAAGACAGUAGAAUCCUGAAUCAGUGAGUAGAUGGGACCACUUUGUGCAAUAAAUUGGGUGUGUGCAUGUAUGCCAUUUUUAAUGGUUCCCCAUAUUUAAAAGAAGCACACACCUUGCAAGGAAAAAGGUUCUAGUCCAGCCUGCUUCUUAUUGUAUGAGCAUUUUUAAACCUAUAGGAACAUUUAAAAAUGUGUUUUUCCUCAAGUACAAUCUGAAAUAGAACAGUCCACUCUACGAAUUCAUUCCCAUUUCAUCCUGUACCAUGUAUAGCUCAGGCUGUACAACCUGCUCAUAUACAAUCCUUCAAUAAAAUUAUGUCAUCCCUGUG